GAUGGCGGCGCGGGGCCAGGGGCCGCUGCUACUCCUGCUCGCUCUCUCGGCGCUGGGCCCCGCCGCCGCAGCGUCCAAGCUCAACAUCCCGAAAGUGCUGCUUCCCUUCACGCGUGCCACGCGCGUCAACUUCACGCUGGAGGCCUCAGAAGGCUGCUACCGCUGGUCGUCGACCCGUCCGGAGGUGGCCAGCAUUGAGCCGGUGGACUUGGAUGAGCAGCAGUGCUCCCAGAAGGCAGUGGUGCAGGCGCGCCUGUCCCAGCCCACCCGCUUGACCAGUAUCAUCUUCGCAGAGGACAUCACUACUGGGCAGGUUCUGCGCUGUGAUGCCAUUGUUGACCUCAUUCAUGGCAUUCAGAUUGUCUCCACCACCAGGGAGCUCUACCUCGAAGACUCGCCCCUGGAGCUGAAGAUCCAGGCCCUGGACUCUGAAGGGAACACAUUCAGCACCCUGGCCGGACUGGUCUUUGACUGGACCAUUGUGAAGGACACAGAAGCAGAUGGAUUCUCAGACUCACACAAUUCCCUGCGAAUUCUCACUUUCUUGGAGUCAACAUACAUUCCUCCUACCUAUAUCACUGAGAUGGAGAAGGUGGCCAAGCAAGGGGACACUAUCCUGGUGUCUGGCAUGAAGACUGGAAGUUCCAAACUGAAGGCACGCAUUCAGGAGGGUGUCUACAAGAAUGUUCAUCCUGCAGAAGUCAGGCUGUUGAUCUUGGAGAACAUCCUACUGAACCCAGCGUAUGAUAUCUACCUGAUGGUGGGGACCUCCAUUCGCUACAAGGUGCAGAAAAUCAGGCAAGGAAAGAUCACAGAGCUUGCAAUGCCCUCCGACCAGUAUGAACUGCAGCUUCAGAACAAUGUCCUGAGUGCUGAGGGAGACCCUGCUCGGCCUGUUGCUGUCUUGGCCCAGGAGACUUCCACCGUCACCGCAAUGCAGCUGGGACACAGCAGCCUUGUACUCAGCCACAGGAGUAUUCGCAUGCAAGGGGCAUCCAGGUUACCUAAUAGUACGAUUUACGUGGUUGAACCUGGAUACCUGGGGUUUACGAUUCACCCUGGGGAUCGGUGGGUGCUUGAGACGGGCCGCCUAUAUGAGGUGACCAUCGAUGUAUUUGAUAAGUCCAGCAACAAGGUCUACUUGUCAGAUAACAUCCGAAUUGAAACGGUGCUUCCUGCUGAGUAUUUUGAAGUACUGUCAUCCUCCCAGAAUGGGUCGUACCAUCACAUCAGAGCCAUAAAGAGGGGCCAAACGACCAUCGACGCGACCCUCACUUCUGUGGUGGACCAGGAUGGAGGGGUCCACAUAUUACAGGUGCCUGUGUGGAAUCAGCAGGAGGUGGAAAUUCACAUCCCUAUCACCCUUUUCCCGAGCAUCUUGACAUUUCCAUGGCAACCGAAGACAGGUGCCUACCAGUAUACAAUACAGGCCCAUGGGGGCAGCGGGAACUUCAGCUGGUCUUCGUCAAGCUCUUUGAUCGCCACCGUCACUGUGAAGGGUGUGAUGACCACAGGCAGUGACACUGGACUCAGUGUGAUCCAGGCGCAUGAUGUGCAGAAUCUGCUCCAUUACGGCGAGAUGAAGGUGUAUGUGAUUGAGCCCAGCAGCAUGGAGUUCACCUCGUGUCCAGUGGAGGCUCGAGUAGGCCAGACUCUGGAGCUGCCCCUGAGGAUUAGUGGUCUUAUGCCUGGCGGAACCAAUGAGGUGGUCACUCUGAGCGACUGCUCCCAUUUCGACUUGGUGGUGGAAGUGGAAAACCAGGGUGUGUUCCAGCCGCUCCCAGGGAGGCUCAAGCCAGGGGCUGAGCACUGCAGUGGGGUCAAGGUGCGAGCAGAAACCCAGGGCUACACCACGCUUCUCGUGAGCUACAGGCAUAACCACAUCCACUUGAGUGCCAAGAUCACCAUUGCCGCCUAUCUGCCCCUCAAGGCUGUGGACCCCUCCUCUGUUGCCCUGGUGACCCUGGGAUCCUCAAAGGAGAUGCUGUUUGAAGGAGGUCCCAGACCUUGGGUCCUUGAGCCUUCCAAGUUCUUCCAGAACGUCACCUCUGAGGACAUGGACAGCAUUACUCUGGCGCUCUUUGGCCCCCCUGCCUCCCGGAAUUACCAGCAACACUGGGUCGUUGUGACGUGCCAGGCCUUGGGUGAGCAGGUCAUUGCUCUCUCCGUGGGAAACAAGCCUAGCAUCACCAACCCCUUCCCUGCAGUGGAACCUGCUGUGGUGAAGUUUGUCUGUGCCCCACCGUCCAGGCUCACCCUCAUGCCUAUCUAUGCCAGUCCCCAGCUGGACCUGUCCUGCCCACUGCUGCAGCAGAAUAAGCAGGUGGUCCCAGUCUCCAACCACCGCAACCCUCUGCUCAACCUGGCUGCCUAUGACCAGCAGGGACGCAGAUUCGACAACUUCAGUUCACUGAGCAUCCAGUGGGAGUCCACCAGGCCACAGCUGGCCAGCAUCGAACAUAACCUGCCCAUGCAGCUGGUGUCCCAGGAUGAUGGGAGCGGCCAGAAGAAAUUGCAUGGUUUGCAGGCCAUCUCAGUGCAUGAGGCUUCGGGAACCACAGCCAUCUCUGCCACUGUGACGGGCUACCAGCAGGCUCACCUCAGCGCAGCCAGGGCCAAGCAACCGUAUGAUUCUCUCGUGCCGGUGUCAGCCUCCAUCGAGCUGAUUCUGGUGGAGGACGUGAGAGUGAGUCCAGAGGAAGUGACCAUCUAUAACCAUCCUGGAGUCCAGGUAGAACUCCACAUCAGAGAUGGCUCUGGCUACUUCUUCCUCAACACCAGCAUCGCAGACAUUGUCAAGGUGACCUACCAGGAGGCCAAGGGCAUCGCCACGAUACAUCCUCUGCUGCCGGGUACGCUCACCGUCAUGGUCCACGAUCUGUGUUUGGCUUUCCCUGCCCCGGCCACGACCGAAGUCUCCGUCUCAGACAUACAGGAACUAUACGUCCGGGUGGUUGACAAGGUGGAGAUUGGGAAGACCGUCAAGGCCUAUGUCCGUGUGCUGGACUUUUACAAGAAGCCAUUCCUGGCCAAGUACUUCGCCUUCAUGGACCUGAAGCUUCGAACAGCCUCCCAGAUUGUCACAUUGGUGGCCCUUGAUGAAGCCCUCGACUACUACACUGCCACGUUCCUGGUUCAUGGUGUGGCCAUUGGCCAGACUAGCCUGACUGCAACCGUGACCGAUAAAACCGGACAGAGAAUCAACUCAGCCCCACAGCAGAUUGAGGUGUUCCCCCCAUUCAGGCUGAUACCCAGGAAGGUGACCCUAAUCAUCGGGGCCACAAUGCAGGUCACCUCAGAGGGUGGCCCCCAGCCUCAGUCCAACAUCCUGUUCUCCGUCAGUGACAAGAGUGUGGCCUCAGUGAGCAGUACUGGGCUGGUACAGGGUCUCGCCGUGGGCAAUGGCACCGUCUCAGGCGUCGUGCGGGCUGUGGAUGCCGAGACAGGCAAGGUCAUCAUAGUGUCUCAGGAUCGUGUGGAGGUGGAGGUGCUGCUUCUCCAGGCGGUGCGGAUCCGAGCCCCCAUCACACGGAUGAGAACAGGGACCCAGAUGCCUGUCUACGUCACUGGGAUCACCAGAAGCCAGAACCCUUUUUCAUUUGGCAACGCUGUGCCAGGCCUGACCUUCCACUGGUCUGUCACCAAACGUGACAUCCUGGACCUCCGAGGUCGGCAUCAUGAGGCAAUGCUCCAGCUCCCUUCACAGUACAACUUUGCCAUGAAUGUGCAUGGCCGAGUGAAAGGCCGGACCGGACUGAAGGUGGUGGUCAAAGCUCUGGACCCCACAGCUGGGCAGCUGCACAACCUUGCCAAGGAGCUGUCUGAUGAGAUCCAAAUACAGGUAUUUGAAAAGCUGCUGCUGCUGAACCCUGAAAUAGAAACAGAACAAAUAUUAAUGUCACCCAACUCAUUUAUAAAGCUCCAGACAAACAGGGAUGGUGCAGCGUCACUAAGCUACCGCGUUCUGGAAGGGCCCGAGAAAGUUCCUGUCGUGCACAUUGAUGACAAAGGUUUCUUGGUAUCGGGAUCCAUGAUUGGCACAUCCACAGUUGAAGUGAUUGCGCAAGAACCUUUUGGGGCCAACCAGACCAUCAUUGUGGCUGUAAAGGUGUCCCCUGUUUCUUACCUGAGGAUAUCCAUGAGCCCUGUCCUACACACCCACAGCAAGGAGGCUCUGGCGGCCCUGCCUUUGGGAAUGACCAUGACCUUCACCGUCUACUUCCACGAUAAUUCUGGAGACAUCUUCCAUGCUCACAAUUCAGUCCUCAACUUUGCAACUACCAGAGACGACUUUGUGCAGAUUGGGAAGGGACCCAACAACAACACGUGUGUCAUCCGGACCAUCAGCGUCGGCCUGACACUGCUCCGCGUGUGGGACGUGGAACACAUAGGCCUUGCUGACUUUGUCCCAUUGCCUGUGCUGCAGGCCAUCUCCCCAGAGCUGUCUGGAGCUGUUUGGGUGGGGGACAUCCUCUGCCUGACCACCACACUCACCAGCCUAGAAGGCCUCUCGGGAACCUGGAGCUCCUCAGCCAACAGCAUUCUCCACAUCGACCCCAAGACAGGUGUGGCCAUGGCCAGGGAUGUGGGAUCUGUGACUGUUUACUAUGAGGUGGCCGGACAUCUCCGAACCUACAAGGAGGUCACAGUCAGUGUCCCUGCGAGGAUCGUGGCCCGUCAUGUCCAGACUCGCUCCCCAGAGGUCACAGCCUCCAGAGUCACCAUCGCCCUGGGAGACAGAAGUUCUAACCUCAGAGGAGACUGCUCUCCUGCCCAGAUGGAAGUCAUCAAGAGUCUGCACCCAGAGUCCCUCAUCAGCUGCCAGCUCCAAUUCAAGCAUGACGUCUUUGACUUCUCAGCACAGGACAUCUUCACUGUGGAGCCCGGCUUUGAUGCAGCCCAGGGCCAGUACCUCUGCACCAUCGUGAUGCGCAGACUGGCAGAGAAGCAGCGGAAGCACCUCAGCAUGAAAAAGACAGCUCUGGUGGUCAGGGCCUCCCUGCCUAGCCGCUUCUCUGGAGAGCAGCUGUCAGCCGAGGUGCCCUUCAAUCCAGGACUCUACACUGACCAGGCAGAAAUACUGUUGAGCAACCACUACACCAGCUCCGAGGUCAAGGUCUUUGGUGCUGCAGAGAUCCUGGAGAACCUGGAGGUAAAGUCUGGCUCCCCUGCUGUGCUGGCCUACGUGAAGGAGAAGUCUUUCGGACUGCCCAGCUUUGUCACAUACACAGUCAGCAUCUCCGACCCUGCAGCAGGCAGCCAGGGGCCCCUGUCUACUGCCCUGACCUUUGCCAGCCCCAUGACCAACCAAGCCCUCAGCCUUCCAGUCACCGUGGCCUUCGUGAUGGAUCGCCGUGGGCCGGGUCCUCAUGGGGCCAGCCUCUUCCAGCAUUUCCUGGACUCCUACCAAGUCAUGUUCUUCACUCUGUUUGCCCUUCUGGCUGGGACCGCUGUCAUGAUUAUAGCCUACCACACGGUCUGCACCCCCCGAGAGCUCACCAUCACAUCAGCCUUCACCCCCAGAGCCAGCCCUCGGCACAGCCCCAACUAUUUUGCUGCUUCAUCACCAUCGUCUUACAACGCACUUCCUGCUGGUCGCAAAGCCAGCCCUCCCUCAGGGCUAUGGAGCCCAGCCUACGCCUCCCAUUAG